AUGCUUGAAGUUCGAAACAGAGAGUUCGAUCGUGAACUUAUAAAGCCUAAGAUGAAGAUCAAAAUUAUGCCCGAAAUGAUUAAGUCAGAACCAAAAAUUCAGAUAUUAAAUGCAGAUUUCUUCGAAGGUACGUCCAUAUAUCUAGAAAUAGAGGACAAAAACAUCAAAAAUCUUGCACAGAAUGCACUCGAGAAAGCUGGAGCUUUGAUUAUGACAGAAUCAAAAAUUCUUGCAGAUUAUAUCGUAGCAGACAGACCGAUAACAAUUCCAUCAAUAAUACAAAACAGAUCUCGUGGUGCCUCAUUGUUAAUGGCAGCAGCAAUUCAGCAAAGCAUGCCUCGCGUUAUACUUGUUAAGCAAAUACCAUGGAUAUAUCAAACAGAAAUUGAAAAUGAUUCGAUGCAAUCCAUCGAGGAAGAGAUAAAACCCAUGAUGGUUGUUUCCGAUGGAAGGCACGCCCCAAAUUUCCGUGAGAUAUUACCAAUACAAUUACAUUUUGGAGAAGUUCCAAGGGGAUAUUUCAUCAAUCCGUUUGAACCUAUUAUACCUCAAGCGAUGGAAGAAAUAAAAAAAGCCUCUAAAAUUACAAAUACGCCGAAUAAUCCAGAGCCUCCGAAGCAAUUAUAUAGAAAGGACUGGAGAGAAUUCGAUAAGCUAGCAGAUUCUGUAUCUGAAGCGUUCUUUGCUACGAUUCCCAAAUAG